AUGGAGGCGCUGGACGCUGUUAAGGAUGCUGAAGGGAUGAAAAAAGAACUGGAGGAAAACGAUCUGCUCAAGAAAGACAUAAAAAACCUCGUCGGUUACGCAACACCGUACAUCCCACUCAUAGGAAUACUAAGUGGUGGAAUUACCGUCGGAAAACAUCUUAUCAGUACAAGGGUGGGUUGUUCGGAAAAGGAAGAAUAA